AAAUAGAUACAAAAAUUGUUGUAGACUUUUUUCCUAAACUUAGUUGGCAAUUUCUACUAGUCAAAGCACUUAUCAAAAUGUCGACCUCUUCCUCAGAAGUGAUUCAACUUCAGACCAACGAUGGCGUCAUUCAUACAGUGGACAUUCGCUUUGCUCUACAGAUAUGCCCCGUGCGCAAUAUAAUAAUGCAGGAGAGACAGAAAAAUUUGUACACCGAUGAUGUUAUCCCACUACCGAGAGUCGAUGCCAAAAACCUUAGAUUUAUAAUCAAAUGGUGGACAUCUGUGCAGGACCUAGAGGAAAAUCUUCCCAGGAUGGGCAAAGGAAAACUUAUACAGUUGCUGACGGAGGAAAAUGCCAACCAUCAGUUUCUAUUGCAAAUCAUCCUUGCCGCCAACUAUCUGCAGAUGGAUAAUUUGUUGCUGAUCACCACAAAUCUCCUGGCGGAAGCUUUAAAUGAAUGUAAAUGUGUCGAGGAGAUACGUAAGAAGUUUCUUUCGAAUUAAGUUUAAAAUCAUCGAUGACUAAAACACAUUUAGCUAAAUUAAGGAAAUCGCAUUCAGAAAUGUGUAAAUGGUGUAACAAAUUAUAAUGUUAUUUAUUUAUAAAUUUAAUGCAUUCCAUCCUGGCGUAAAUGAUGACUUAAUGUACAAAUUUACUUUGUUUGCUGAAAUAAAAAUUAUAUGUUU